CACGCAGCGAAGCGUCGACGCGAACGACGGGCGUGUGCGUUCCGCCAGCGUGGCGAUGCACACGCUGUCCUGAGAGUGUGCUAGAGCCACGAGCCCCAUGCGUCGUUUGGCAUGCGCAUGCACACCACGAUGGCCAAAAGCAGCGAAUGAGAGGAAUUGAGUGAGAAUCGGCGUACAAACAGGAGCACGCGAGGCAUGGUGAUUGCCAGAACCAUAAGCUCAACGGAAGACAGGACGAUUUGUACACGUCAUGAAGUGCGUCUGCGCAAUAACGCUGGGAUUGUUGUUGGCCAUCGGACACAGCUCGUUGGCUUUGCUUGGAAGGUAUCGAGCUGCGUCGAUUACAUCGAUCGGCCCAAUGCUGCGGCCAGCCAAAGCGCUCCCGUGCUGGAACGCGGUGCUGUCGACUUGUUCAAGUAGUGGAGUCGCGUCCCAGUGUUGGUCUGUCGUCAGAGUGUUGGUGAAUUCACAAACGGACAUUUCGUGCGUCGCCGCAUUCUUCGAUUGUCAUGGCCGCAUCGCCUCGAACGACGCCAUGGGCAUUGAAAUGGGGUUGGUAUGGCGGCGAAGUCGCAAACGCACGACCGUGCGCGUCCACUUAUGAGUAUUACUCGACGUGCGUUCCUGCAAUCCCUGCGACGAAGUACCAAGACCUGGCUUUCCUCGCUGACCCCGACGUCGCCGUGAUUCCCAAGUACGGCCACCUUGGCGACGCCAUGGCAGACUACACGCAUCCGAAUGAGCAAACGCGCGCUGUCAACGCCACCAAGAUGAACGCGCUGUUGGCCACCGACCCGGACGUCCCCCCGUCGUUCGUGCGAUUCAUGACAUCCAAAGCGCUACAAUCGAACCUUCCGAGCUGCACAGCGUGCUACACGUACCUGGGCGACCCCGUCACGAUUCGAGAGCUCAACAACAUGCGCAUCGUCAUGUUCUACCGUGACCAGCAAGAUUGCUUGGCAUGGUACUUGGUUCUGGACGGCGAGCACGCUGGACGGGUUGUUGGGUCGCCUUUUAUUCUAGGCACCGGGGCCGACGAUGACGAAUGGGACGUCGACGCGUUUGUCGGCGACAGUGCGUUGUGCGCGACGUCCUUUGACGAGUUUCUCUAUCGCAUGUGGGUGGAAAACCACGUGUGGUUCAACACGUCGACUCCCCCUGCGGUCGCUGAAGCGUGCCAAUGGUACCAACGGCAAUGCCAUUACGUCGCGCAGCAAGCACGUGCCACUGGCGAGCAGCCAUGAGCCUCCAUUCGACACGUCCUUGCACUAGUUCUACCUAAUGCCAGUAAACGACGUGGUCAUAAUGGCCGCCGCCACACUUACGACCAGAUUGCAUCCUCG